AUGGCAGCAAUUGCUCGCACCUUGAGCCCACCAGAGAUAGCAAGCCAUGAUGCAACUCCAGCUCACGCCAACGGGAGUGUUCUCUCAAGCAAUUCGAGUCCCGUCAAUGGAAAUGCUACUGGCCCCAUUACGAGGGAUAUUUCGUCCAAGUACCGACACAUCGCUGCAGUUCACUCGAGAGCCCGCACUUCCUGCUUGAGUCGUGACGCAGAAUUAACACCUAGUUUUCUUGGUUUCAAAAAUCUAAUGGUUAUUGUAUUAGUUGUAAUGAAUCUACGACUGGUCGUUGAAAAUUUCAUGAAAUACGGAGUUCUUAUAUGUAUACGCUGCCAUGAUUAUCGCCGGCAAGACAUACUUCUCGGUAUUGUUCUCUACCUGCUCGUUCCUUGCCAUCUCUUCGUCGCUUAUAUCAUCGAACUUGCCGCCGCACACCAAGCCAAAGGUGCCCUUGGUCGUGCCAAACGGCAUUCGGAGGAUCCUCCGGACAGCGCACAAGCCGCUAAGAGCUUCCGAACAACAUGGCUUACCAUUGCUUGGGCCCACGGCAUCAACGCCACCCUUUCCCUUCUCGUCACAAGCCUCACGGUGUACAACUUGAUCCAUCAUCCCCUCAUCGGCACCAUCUCGGAGGUGCAUGCCAUCAUUGUCUGGCUCAAGAUCUGUUCCUACGCUUUUACAAAUCGCGACCUACGUCAUGCCCUCCUGAAAGCCGACUCUGCAUCCUCUAUCCCAGAGCUCUACUCCGUCUGUCCUUAUCCAAGGAACAUCACCCUCAGCAACCUAUCCUACUUCUGGUGGGCACCAACCUUAGUCUAUCAACCCGUCUAUCCCCGCACCUCUACCAUCCAUUGGCCUUUCAUUGCCAAGCGCCUCGCCGAAGCUACCAGUCUCAGCAUUUUCAUUUGGCUCGCAAGCGCCCAAUACGCCGCACCACUCCUCCAUAAUUCUGUUUUCAAGAUCGCCUCCCUUGACCUCCCUUCCAUUCUCGAGCGCCUGAUGAAGCUUUCCACUAUCAGUCUAGUAAUUUGGCUAGCCGGCUUCUUCGCCGUUUUCCAAUCCGUGCUCAAUGCAUUGGCGGAAAUUAUGAGGUUUGGCGACCGAGAAUUCUACACGGAGUGGUGGAACAGUCCGAGCGUUGGCACUUAUUGGAGGACCUGGAACAAGCCUAUCUAUCAUUUCAUGAAGAGGCACAUCUAUGCGCCGUUGGUGGGGAGGGGGUGGAGUUCGAAUGCCGCGAGCGCCUGGGUUUUUGUGUUUAGCGGGGUACUGCACGAACUGUUGGUAGGGGUGCCAACGCACAAUAUCCUUGACGUGCAUGACCAAGACGCGCUCCUGACCUAUCAAAGCCGCAGUACAGCUGUCUCGGAGAUGCACCAUAUUGUCAAAAUUCUGCUCAGAGGUCUCUACCCCAAAGUCGACGAAGUCAGUCGCUUUCUCAAGGGCGCCGUCCUUAGCAAUGCCGGCGGCCGCGUCAAUGCCGACGCCUUGAGGAGCAUCAUGGUGCUUGACAGCAUGGCGGGAGUGGGCACUGUGAUGGUGGUUUACCCUACUGAUGGCGGCCGGGCACAAAUCACCGACGACAUGCUUAAGAUGAAGCUUAAAGAGCGGGUGGGUUUGGAGAAAGAGUAA